AUGUCCGGCCGCGGGAAGCAGGGAGGCAAAGUCCGAGCUAAGGCUAAGUCGCGCUCGUCGCGGGCCGGGCUGCAGUUCCCCGUGGGCCGCGUGCAUCGGCUCCUCCGGAAAGGCAACUACGCGGAGCGGGUGGGGUCUGGAGCGCCCGUCUACAUGGCGGCCGUGCUGGAGUACCUGACGGCCGAGAUCCUGGAGCUGGCGGGCAACGCGGCCCGCGACAACAAGAAGACGCGCAUCAUCCCGCGCCACCUGCAGCUGGCCAUCCGCAACGACGAGGAGCUCAACAAGCUGCUGGGCAAGGUGACGAUCGCGCAGGGCGGGGUGCUGCCCAACAUCCAGGCCGUGCUGCUGCCCAAGAAGACCGAGAGCCAUAAGGCUAAAAGCAAAUAAGCUCAGCAAACGAAGCUACUCAGACUUUUAACAAAAUAUUACAACCCAAAGGCUCUUUUCAGAGCCACCCACACAGUCAGAAAAGAGUUGUAUUGCUUUUCUUUUCGGAACUGUU